AUGCAUUUGUGGCGAUCCUCACCUUGGGGAAUUUACCCUGUUUGUGAUGCUGAGUUACAUGCUUCUCUUUUACCUAACCAUUCGCCGAUCCUGCGAGAGACCUGGACUCCUCCUCCCCAGGAUUGGAUAAAAGUAAAUUGUGAUGUUAGAGUAAGCUUAGAGAGUAUGUGCAUAGCGAUUGUCGCAAGAAAUUAUCUGGGUAAGGUGAUUUGGAUUCACUCUGCUCGGUUGGAUUUCUCGGAUGCUUUAUGCGGAGAAGCUGCGGCUUGCUGUUUGGCUGUUUCGUCAGCUGCGGAAUUAGGAUAUAAGUAUGUUAUUGUGGAGAGUGAUUCGAGACUAGUGAUCAAUGCGCUCAAUAAGAAAAUGUCACAUUGGGCCCUUGAUAACUAUGUCUCCUUUUGUAUUAAAUCAUCUCCCUCUUUUUCUAGUUGUAACUUUUCUAAUGUUAGCAAGAAUUGUAAUUUUGUUGCCCAUAAUGUGGCUAAGUGGGCGUUUACCCACCAACUGUACGGUUCUAUUUUGUUAUCCUCUGUACCGAAGGAACUACUGUGUAAUGACCGUGAGGUCUAA